AUGGCGUUUCAUCACGAGUGGGCCUGGUACAACAUCAACUACCCAAACCCGGACGGAGCAGUUUGUCGGCUGAAGAUGGACGACAAAGAAUGGAAACGGAUUACCAGAUGGAGGGACUUAGACUGGUUCAAGAACGGGGGUCUAGAGUCAGGGACCAUCCUGUUCAACAAUAGGAACUGUGUCCGCCCACCACCGGAUGCCAACAGUGGUACGCCUCAUCUGCUUCCUGCAGCAGGAAUCCCUUCAGCCAGUCAUGCUCGCCGUCACCCGUGGUUCUACUACGAGCUGUACCAGCGUAUGCUAGAAGAACGAGAAGAUCUGGCCAGAUGUGGACUUCUUCCACCCGAUCAGGUGUGCCAUGUAUCCCCGUGUGCUGGACCAAAACAGAACAGGGCCAGGAAAAUCAUGACCGCUGCACAAAGACACGAUCAAGAAGUCGAUCAGUGCCUCAAUGCCGUACAUGAGAUGGAAAGAGACGGUUGGUUCGAUACAGUCGAUAGCAGAUACUGUUAA